GACUAUCAAACAUAUUGAAUAAUUGACUCGAUUGGAACGCUUCCCACACCAACGACACGAGCAUAAUGGCUGUUCACGAAUUUAAAGUCGAAAUGACAUGUACCGGUUGUUCGGGAGCGGUUGAGCGUGUGCUCGGCAAACUAAAAGAAAAAGUCGAAAAGGUUGAAAUCGAUUUAGAUAAUAAAAAAGUGUUUGUCACUUCAUCGUUGUCUGCCGACGAGCUGCUGGAAACGAUUAAGAAAACCGGAAAGGAAACCAGCUACGUUGGAGUUAAGAAUUAAGAGGUGCUGUUCCUGUGUACUCGUAAAUGGCUGGGACGUGCAAAGUACAGGGAGGAAAGGAGUUAC